AUGUUCCGGCUUUCAGACGUCACCCAGCUACUGGCCGCCCAGUUUGGUUUAGUAGCAUGCCUGGAAGAUACGGCACAGCCUAUGAUCGCAAGGCAACAGAUCCACCAUAUAUUGGAGAUGACGGCAUGGUAUACCCCCCGCAUGUCUUCGAAGAUGGAACUCCAAUCUCAAAAAAGAAUUUGCACAGGAUGUGGGAACUCAGCAACGAAUUGGCGGUUUGUGAAAACGGAGCCUGGAGACCUUGCCCUCGUGGACAAUUAUCAGGUCAUGUAUGGUCGAGCACCAUGGACUACACGCGAGCGCAAGAUUCUUGUUAGCAUAUGGGACACCGACAAGGAGGAUGAGAAAAUCAAAGAUUACUAA